CCGUGCCCAUUAUCAGACCACCUGUAAUGUUUUCAGAUAUUGACGAUGUUUGUGACGAUGUUUGCUAUAUAAUGGAGUCACGAACAGAAUUUAAACUUAAGAAUCCUCCAACGGAUGCCGUUUCGGCUGUUGAAUUUGGACCAAAUUCUACACAAUUUUUACUUGUCUCUUCGUGGGAUAGUACUGUUCGCUUGUAUGAUAUACAAACAAAUACGAUGAGGUUAAAAUAUAACCAUGAUCUUCCAGUAUUAGAUAUAGCAUUUCAAGAUGCCGUUCAUGCGUAUAGUGGUGGCCUAGGCAAUACUUUAAAAAUGUAUGAUAUUAAUACAAACACAGAAACUGCGAUGGGUACGCACGAACAGCCAAUUAGAAAAAUUGAAUACUGCUCUGCUGUAAAUGCAAUAUUAACGGGUGGCUGGGAUGCAGCGGUAAAGCUAUGGGAUCCGAGAACACCGACUUGCGUUGGAAGUUAUCUUCAGCCAGAUGUAGUCUUGGCUCUUUCUGUUUGUGGAGAUAAGUUUGUCGUUGGCACAGCUAAAAGGAAAGUCUGUAUUUGGGACUUAAGAAAUAUGGCGGGUAUGUUCCAAAGACGAGAAAGUAGUUUAAAAUAUCAAACUAGAUGUAUUAAAGGCUUCCCGAAUGAACAGGGGUAUGUUCUAAGUAGUAUAGAAGGCCGCGUUGCAGUGGAAUACUUAGAUACAACACCUGAAGCUCAAAAGAAGAAAUAUGCAUUCAAAUGUCAUAGAAUAAAAGAAAACAACGUGGAACAUAUAUAUCCAGUAAAUGCGAUCAGCUUUCACUCGGGAUAUAAUACGUUUGCAACUGGUGGAUCGGAUGGAUAUGUCAAUAUUUGGGACGGGUUUAAUAAGAAAAGAUUGUGUCAAUUUCAUCGUUAUAAUGCUGGCGUUGCAGCAUUGAGCUUUAGCCAAGACGGUUCAGUUCUAGCAAUAGGAGUUUCAUAUCUCAAUGAAGCUGAAAUUCCAGCUGGUGGUAAUGAUGAAAGAGAAAUUUACAUAAGAUAUGUAAAUGAUCAAGAAACUAAACCAAAAUAAAACAAAGACUAAAACAAUUGUCGAAACAAAUAUUAUAUCGAGAAAGAAGGUUGUUACUUAACUUUGUCAAGUAAAUGCCUCAUAACAUCAUUUACCAUUUAGUGUAAAAAGUUUUCGUAUGCAAGAAUGUUUUUAAAAUUAAUGAUAUAAAUAUUUAGUAUAUCGAUGUAACUUCGUUCGCGAAUUAAGAGAGUAUAAUGUGAUGAUUGUGUAAAAAGAAAUACAUUAAUUUAUUUAUAAAUUU